AUGACCGAACCCCCCGCCAAGAAGAAGUGCCUGGGAGUGGACUGCCCCAACGAUGCCGGCUCCCUCCAGUGCCCGACAUGCUUGAAGAUGGGAAUCAAGGAUAGCUUCUUCUGCUCGCAGGACUGCUUCAAGAAGAACUGGGGCAACCACAAGACUAUGCACAAGACCGAGACAAGUAUACUCCACCACAUCCUUCCGCCAAAAGUCGUCUCUAAACCAGAUCCAGAGACAGGUGUCUUCAACCCUUUCCCGACCUAUCCAUUCAGCGGCCCUCUUCGACCCGUCUACCCUCUGUCCCCGCGACGAGUCGUUCCCAAGACCAUCCCCCACCCCGACUGGUGGCAGGAUGGCCAGCCGAAGUACCCCAGAUCCAUUCUCAACCGGAACAAGGUCGACAUCCUUGAUGCCAAGGGAAUCGAGGGCAUGCGCAAGGUUUGCCGCCUGGCAAGAGAGGUUCUGGACAUCGCCGCGGCCGCCAUCAAGCCCGGUAUGACCACGGAUGCCAUCGACGAGAUCGUCCACAACGCCUGCAUUGAGCGCAACUCCUACCCUUCCCCCCUCAACUACAACCACUUCCCCAAGUCCGUGUGCACGUCACUGAACGAGGUCAUCUGCCACGGUAUUCCCGACCAGCGCGUGCUGCUUGACGGCGACAUCCUGAACAUCGACGUCACCCUUUACCACGAGGGCUACCACGGCGAUCUCAACGAGACAUACUACGUCGGCGACCGGGCCAAGGCCGACCCCGACUCCGUCAGAGUGGUGGAGGCUGCGCGCGACUGCCUGGACGCCGCCAUUGCUGCGGUGAAGCCCGGUACCCUGAUUCGCGAGUUUGGCAACAUUAUCGAGAAGAUCGCAAAGGAGAGAAACUGCAGUGUCAUCCGCACAUACUGUGGACACGGCAUCAACAGCCUAUUCCAUUGCCCCCCGAACGUUCCUCACUACGCCAAGAACAAGCAGGUGGGCGAGUGCAAGCCCGGUAUGACUUUCACCAUUGAGCCCAUGAUUGCUCUGGGCAAGUACCGGGACAUCACUUGGCCCGACAACUGGACCAGCACGACUAUUGACGGCAAGAGGACUGCGCAGUUUGAGCACACUCUCCUGGUCACUGAGGAUGGCGUAGAGGUCCUGACGGCCAGGAAAGCCGAUUCGCCUGGUGGAAAGAUCCCGAUGCCCAGCACCGAAGCCAACGCCAGCACCGAAGCCAACGGAAAGAGGGCAUAA